GCCGUGGGCAUGGCAAAUCUGCAAUGAUGCACUGGACAGGCGUGCAUCUGAGGCUGCAUGUCACUUUGCUGCAAUGACACUGCGAUGGAAGGUGGAGUACCACUUCCCGGAGCUACCGGAAGAGGUGGUGGCGAGCUUGAGGGACGCUCUCAUCAUGCACCUCAAGAACUACGCCACAGCAAGCCAUCGCAUCGUCGUGCAGCUUGCUGUUGCGCUGGCUGAUCUGGCCAUCUACGUGGAGGACUGGGAGGAUCCCGUCUCCGACGUCAUGGCCGCACUUAACGGUGCCGACGAGCAGGGCGCGCUGCUGGAAUAUCUCACGGCGCUGCCGCAGGAGGUCGGAAACAUGCGCAUCAAAGUCAAGCGCGAGCGGCGGAAAGAGGUUGAUCACCGCCUUGGGUUCUUCGGUGCGCCCGUCUACGAAUUCCUCACAAACCGCCUGCAGGCAACACAGGGGGAUGCGAGUGCGUUUGAUGAUGCGAUGAAGUGUCUCGACAGCUGGCUGGAAGUUGGGGGCGAGUCUGCACACGCCUUUGCUGACAGUCCGCUGUUUGACGCGGCGCUGUCGGGUCUCCUCAACAUCGAAACGAGCAGAUCGUGCGCAAACGUGCUGGACAGUGCGAUGGGGUUGAUAUCGUUCGCGCAGCACGAAGACCUCAAGGCAAAGAUGAUCGCUGCUAUGACGCAACUCAGAGACGCCAUGUUGCGCGAGGAUGUGGAGGCGGAGAUCAAGAUGGACAUUGCGUGGCUCACGGCGUCGCUCGGCCAGGCCAUUGUUUACGAUAUCACACAGCAGACAUCCCAAGAGGCGGUUGACGUGACGUCGCUGCUUGUUGGGUACGCGUCACAUCCCGAUGCGGAUGUGGUGCUGCGAACCGUCUCCUUCUGGUACGAUCUCGCCGAGGUCAUCUACGACAUGAACCAGCAACACACGACGGAGACGUUUGCGCCCGUGUAUCUCGAGCUUUACAAGAACAUCUUCAACAUCAGUCUCUGUCCAGCCGACCUGGACGCGCCGCUGCCGUCGAAACACGAGCUCGCCGACCGCCGAUUCGUCAUUGCAGACAUCUUCAAGGAGACGUCGCACGUUGUUGGCCUCCCUGUGCUCGUGGGAUUCAUGGCGGAACAGCUCGACCCGGCACACGACUGGCCGGUGCAAGAGGCGGCUCUGUUUGUGGUUCACGCUGUGGGUCCCGUGCUCGCAAAGGACGGAUCGCAUGUCAACAACAUCCUCGCAUUCAUCACAGGUCUGACUGCCGAGCACCACGUACAACUGCGCAAGACCGCCGUUCGCGUCACAGGGGACCUUGCGCCGUGGAUGGACCGCCACCCAGAUGCGAUUGACCCGUGCUUUGCUUUCCUCUGCCACGCCGUGCAGCACAAGGCGCUGACCGUGGCGGCGAUUGUCGCCAUCAAGAAAAUGGCUGCACGGUGCAGUGCACACAUGCACGCGCACUUCCAAACCAUCCUCCAGAUUAUCGCUGCGCGCGACGAUUUGGCACUGCGACAAGACGACAUCCUCGACUUGUUGAAGGCUGCUGCACGGAUUACGGCGACGCUUCCCUUUGAGCACAUCGAGCCUGCGCUGCAAGAUAUGCUCUCCCCGCACCUCACAGAACUCCAGCAGUGCAUUGACACGGACGCGGAACCUAAACAAGUCAAACGCGUUAUGGAGCGCCUGGCAGAGGUGUUCAGGAACUGCAACAUUCCUGAGCGGACUUAUGCGGACAAGAGUGAGCACCCGUGUGCAAACGCUGCCCAGCACACCUGGUCCCUCCUCAUGUCAUGCGUCGAGAAGUUCCAAACGUCCUCGCGCGUGAUUGAGGAGUCAAACAAAUGCGUUAAGUGGAUUGUGCGGUGUCUCGGGAAAUACAGCGUAAACCUCGCGGGCAACAUGGUGCCUGUGCUGGCGUCGCUGUUUGAGGCAACGCACCACUCGUCCUGCCUCUACGUCGCAUCCAUCCUCAUUGAGACGUUUGCGUAUGACGAUGCGUACACGGAUGCGAUUGUACAGAUGUGCACUGAACUCACAGCCAGAACACUCGAGUUCCUGGGGCAGGACCUGCCCUCGCUCCCGCGCCAGGCGCACAUGGUUGAAGACUUCUUCCGGAUGCACUACGAAUUUCUUCGCUCGAUGCCGCUGCAGAUUCUUCAGUUUCCGCUGCUUGACCAGAUCCUUGAUUUGUCGCUGCAUGCGGUGCUGGUCCCGUCCUCCCACGCCACGGAGCCCGUCUUCACGUUUCUCGCCAGCCUCUGGUCCAUGCACUACAAGGGCCUCUCCGAUGAGCAGUUUGUACACCAAGAGGAGGUGCAAGCGCGGUUGAUGCAGCUGCUGCAGACCAAAGGCGAAGCGCUCACACACAAACUCAUCGAGGCACUAUCAGGCGGGAUUGUGUCGUCGAAUGCGCGGGACAUUGCGGAUGUGUUGUGGGCGAUGAUGGAACUGCAGCAGGACGCCAUCGCCUCCUGGGCAACCGGCGCACCAUGCCUUGCGGAGGUGCCACCGAACAAGGCGCAGGCGCGCCACAUCCAAGACAUGUUGACGGCGAUUGCGACAGCGACAGAUGUGCGCGCGUUUGUGCGCGAGAUGAAAUAUUACGCGCGGCUGUUUGAUGCUGAGAAGGACGAGCCCGUUGGUAACGGGUCGUAGCGUCGUGUAGCGUGGGAAACAUGCAUAGGCUGACACGUGUUUGGUUGUUGAUGUUGUGUUUUGUUGUUGUUGUUGUUGUUGUCGUCGUCGUCGUUGUUGUUGUCGUCGUUGUUGACGUUUUGUUGUUGUUGUUUGUUGUGUUCAAUGGCUGCGCACACAUUAUUAUGCGUGCACACGUUGUGUUUGCGGUUGUAGGCAGAUAGUCUUGUGAUGGCAUCACUUUAACCCCAACUAAACAAAGCAACGACGGUG